AAAAUACCACUAUUCAUGAAUUGUUAACUUAACGUAAGAAAUAUAUUUUACUCUAAUGUUGAAUUUGCGAGGACCGAAAUGUCAUUGAAAUGAAGGAACUGUGUAGAGAUUUGAGGUUCCAUAAACAAACCACCAUAAACAACGAAAACAUCUAAUAUGAGCAGAAUUGGCGAAAGUACCUAAGGAUUUUGAAGCGUAAAGUUAUUUUUAGUUGAAAAUAAUUGAAUUUAGGAAAAGGAAUCUGUUAGACUUAAAAUUUUUGGUUUGAUAAAAUCGGGACGUUAGAAAACUUAUGAGCGAAGGGAUUAGACCUGUUUAAUUUAUUAAUUAAAAUGUCAAAUGAAGAAUCUGGUAGCGAAGAUGAAAAUGACUGGCUUGAUUUAGACUUGGGUCAACCAGCUGCCAUCGAAAGAAAGACCUUAUUUGAAGAGCAACCACUCAACCUGGACACGGAAAAGAGUAUACAAAUAGACGAAAAUGUGAUUCGAGAGAAAAAGCCAGCGAAAAAAGCGAGUUUAAAGAUUACUGCAGCUGACCGGAAAAUCCGACUGCAAAUUCAUCAAAUGCACCUACUCUGCCUUACCUAUCAUCUUUGUAUCAGGAAUUCAUGGUGCAAUGAUAAAGUUCUCAAAAAUCUUGCCAGGUUUGUUCCACCAGGUAUAAAGGCAUCUCUGCACUGUUCGCCGCAGAAGUCACAAAUGAUCCGAAAUAAAAGCUUUCAUCAAGCUUUAGUUGCAUUAACUGAAAUAUGGAAGCGUCAUUUCAAAAUUAUCAGAAACGGGUUACGAAGGCCUUGGUAUGGGGCCUUACAAAAUGACACUUUAGGAUGUGAACCUGUUUCCAAAGAAGACUUUCUUAAGGCAGCAAAGUCUCUUGAAGGUGACCGAGACAUGGGAUGUCAGUUAUUUGUUUCUCUACUUCGAUCUUUGGAUAUUCCUGCGCGCCUGGUUUUUUCUUUGCAGACUUUGAGUUUCCGCUUUGUUGGUGCGUCUGCUGAAGGACAAAGUCCACAGACAAGUGCUAAUUUUUCUCAAGAUAGCUUGGAAUAUCUUUUUUCACCGAAUCCUUCUGAUGUCAGUCCAGCGGCGCCAAAACGUAGAAGGACGUUAAAGCCAACUUUUUCAUCAUCUUCUCCUAUUCGAGCAUCACCUGCUGUUUAUGAACAGCAACUUAUUGAUUCUCCAAAGCCUGUUUUCUGGGCUGAAGCUUUCAAUACAUCAAUGCAAAAAUGGGUUUGCAUCGAUCCUUUCGGCGAUGCCUCCUCUGUGGGUAAGCCUAGCCGUUUUGAGCCAUCUUCUUCAGAUCCAUUAAACCAAAUGGCUUACGUUUUUGCCGUCGAUUCUCAUAGAUAUUUAAAAGACGUUACAAGGCGAUACACUUCACACUAUUAUCGUAUCAUGAGAAAUCGCCUUGAAAUUUUCCCUUUUGGAAGUGAUUGGCUAAAUUCAUUUUUAUCCAAAUUAAAAAAACCACAGGAGAUGUAUAGAGAUAGUGACGCUAUAGAGGACGCCGAAUUGUUGAGAUUGGAACAAGCAGAAGGGAUUCCAAAAAAUAUUCAAGACUUAAAAGAUCAUCCGGUGUUCGCAAUUGAAAGACAUUUGCGAAAAAACGAAGUCAUUGACCCUAAGAAAUCAUGCGGAAGAAUUUCCACUAAAAAGGGAGUGGAGUUUGUAUACCCACGAAAAUACGUUAGGCUUGUUUUUUCUGCUGAUCGUUGGUAUCGCAAAGGUCGUAUUGUAAAACCUGGAGCCCAACCUUUGAAGCACGCUACAGAUAAAACGAAAGGUAAUAUCCCAUUGUAUGCUGAAGAUCAAACUGAUAUUUAUACACCUAAACCAGUUGUGGCCGAUAUUGUCCCAAAGAAUGCUUAUGGAAACAUUGAUUUAUAUACUUCGAAUAUGCUACCCUAUGGCGCUUAUCAUUGUACUCAUGAGUUUGCUGAAAAAGCUGCUAAGUUAUUAGAAAUUGACUACGCUCGUGCUGUAACAAGCUUUGAUUUUCAUAAACGUAUGUCUCGACCUCACUAUACUGGUAUCGUUACUUCGAAAAAGUUCAAAGAAGCCUUACUGCAGGUUGCGGAAGGUAUAGAAUGGAUCCAAGAAGAAGAAAACUAUAAGCAGAACGUUAAAAUGGGAGUUCAGUUGUGGAAACGUAUAUUAUCUGGGUUACAAAUACGGCAGCGUAUCAUGGAAGAAUAUGGUUAAUUCGGUCAGUUGUAUUUAUGUGCUCUUUAUUCCCUAGAAUUUUUCAGACAUUAUAAAAGGACCUUAAAAGGUAAUAGCAUUAUUACUAAUAAUUAAUUCUAACUAUACAUCAUGUAAUUUAAAAAGUAUCUGUCAAAAGUUGUGUUUUUUUCGAAAUACGCUUAUCCAAAGAGAUCAAGAAAUAUAACGAAAAGAAAAGCAUUUAAUCGGUCCAGACCAUCCCAUAGUUUUUAAAAAGUACUCAACAUACUGCAAUUGAAUGUUCUUUCAGUUGAGUACGCCAACUUAGGCAAUAAUCCUUCCGCUCGAGACUUUUUAUAACUCCAUUGUGUAGCAUUCUGCGUAUCCCAAUUCCAAUAGAACCAACCCCACGUUCUGUCGAAAGUUUCAAUUUGGGCAGUAGCGAAGUUAUAAAGUAACUUACGAUACUCUUUUUUAUAAUUAGCAGGAUCAUCGUUAGCAAAGGAACAAGUGCAAUUUCUUUGAAGAGGACAGCAUUGAGCAUAUCCAUUUGGCGAAAAUGUUCCAUCCCAUCUCGCGCCCUCUCCCACGUUGUUCAGAAACUCAGCACAAUCAGUAUCAGCCAAACUCCAUUCGCCGACUAUUGUUGGAAGCUUUGCUUUCUGUUCAACCUCCUCUCUCCAUGAGUUACAAAUAAUGUCAAGCUUAUCCUUAUACGAUAAGGCAAUAAGGUAAUCAUUGAAAAUUGUGUACCUAUGUGCAUCAAUGAGCACAUUCGGAAAAUGGAAGGCAUCAAACUCUUUUUCCCAAUUACCUGGUCCCCGAAAGCCGUCACUUAUAGAUAUCAAAGUGCUGGGAUGAGUAGAUCUAACAAUUUUGUACGCUUUUUUAUGCCAAUCAGUUAUUAACUUAGGAUCCGUCACAAAAGAAUUUGGCUCGUUCAGUAAUCCGUAAAUAGUGACGACAUUCCUGUAUCUAUCCUGAGAAAAGAAGGCUGAUAGUUGCUCAUGUAUCUUUAAAGUACGAUUAGCAUUUUGUUUUCCUUCGGGUCCAGAAAGCCAAUUUAACUGACCCAGGUAACCACCAUGAUUCCAAGAAUUCUGGUUUCCUGGAGCUGCAUGAAGGUCCAAGUUAACACGUAAACCUUGAGAACGAGCCCAUUCUAUGGCUCUCAAUAAAUAACGCCAACCAAUCCCAGAAGCACUUGUUACAUUCAUAUCCUUUUCCAGAAUCCAAAAAGGAAAUGUGAUACGUACAUGAUCUAGUCCAGCUUCGCGAACUUCCUCAAGUGUCCUUUUUGUUACAAACGUACUGUAAUGCUCUUCUAUAACUCUUGUUGCGUUUUCUCGAAGAUAUUGGUGUAAACUUAACUCAUCGC